UGCCUAUUGGUUUAUCAAAGGAUUAGCCAUGUUUUGUGCACUUCACAGUCCUCACGGCACCCAACCCGGCUUGAGCUUACCAAUGGAGCCUCCAAUAGCGAUCAUCUGCAGAUGUCGCUGCUUCAACUUCAUGGCCAGCGCUGGUUGAGCUGCAGGCUGGUCUGGAAGCGGCUUGCCAUCCGCGUCGACGAGUUGCUCCGAAACUCGGGCAUUCGGAUUUUGACGAAACCCGUCGAUGAAUCUGACCCAGACUGACCCCUGUUUUCUUGUGACGAUUUGUCCAUAUUCCUGGCUCGAUCUAGCGCCUGGUGACGGACCUUGCUCUUUCUCCAAGUCAACGUCCAUUGUGUUGGUCUGGUCUGGUGGGAAGACUAUAGGCAGACGGCGAAGGAUGCCGAUAUUUGAUCCAAGGGGCUGCUUCGCAGUUCCGAGUGCAGAGACUCUCAAAGGCCAACUAGCAAAAGAGCAACGACAGGAAAUACGACCACUUUAAGAAGCAGGUCCAGCUCCGAAAGAUUACCGUCCAUCAUGAUACAAUCCGCCUCGCGUGCCACCCAUCAACGCUCGAAAAAGCAAGCGCUCGCACAUACUACAAUGAAGCCUUGUCAGCAAGGAAACAGACGAAUAAUGUGCCGGUGAUAGCCAGCGGACGGUGGCGGGCCCACCACGGAUGUGCCGGAACUCGAGAUCGACCACACCGGAAAUCUAGCCUCGUCGGCGACUUUCACACCCUCAAGAAUUUGAGAUGACGUGAAACAUCAAAUACAGGUGAUGGUCACAUGGAAUAUGUCAGGUUCUGAAGCAAAGCAUGAUGAUCCCAUUCUCCUCAACCUUACAAGCUGGAUUCAUGACAAGAACGACUUCGCGAACUGUUCCUUGAUCAGGCGUUUUUGUAAGGGGAGAUGGGUAACGCAACUAAGGCGACCAACACCUCGCCACAUGGAACCUACGUCGAUGAUACCUGGAAGAUUCCAAAAACGCCCCCACACAAAAGUCAUGGUUCUUUUCGACGACUGUCAGCAAAUCCCCCCCACGCGGCAUCUUUGUUCGGCGGUAGGAGGUUGCUACUGCAGAUGUGCUUAUCAGAGAGCCUUUACUCGCUCUCACGCCUCGAGCCCAACCUCGAUACUUUUGCAACAUGUGUUGCGAGGGUUGUUGGUGGGAACAUUGAUCGUCCAGGAUUCAAUGAUCUGGUGGCGUCAUAUUGCGCCGCUGAAGUACUGUAAGCUCGAGAUUGCAAGGUGACAACUUUGAAUUGAGGUUUUGUCCCAGCCGUUGCGACAUACUCGGUCGGCUCUCCUUGACUUUCGUGUCCCCAUGUAGCCGACGGGGUGCCUCACUGACUGGAAAUCAUACGACACGAGCACUGAGUAACCUCAGCGCAUGCCGAAAUGCUGACUUGACACAAGGUACUAGGUAGGUGAUGAUGUUAUCCAUCACAGAACUGGUAGGGAAACAUCAGAAGAUUACACAACACACAUGGCUCCUCUAACAACAUUCCCUUUGAUCUAUCCGCGGAGCCGCUUUGGACUUGGUCAAAUGGUCUGCAGUCUGAUGAUUGUGAUGAAUUGAUAAUCUAUCUCUCAUAGCCCUCGUAAUAUAAUCAAACUUCUUGAG